UGGCAGCCGCGCAAACAAUUUGUUUACAUCCGAAAACUAAAGAGCCCGCCGGCAUGAACUACUUUCCCAACUAUUACUGCAUCGAGGACAUAUUCGUGACCCAGGAGAAGGUCGAGUGCCGGGUCAACACCAAGUUGCAGCGGAUGGGCUUCCUGGACGCCGGCGCCGAUUCAGAUGAUUUGGAGCCAGGACGCACUGUCAACCUGCCGCUGUGGUACAUCAAGGAGCUGAAGGUGAACAAUGCCUACUUCACCAUAUCCGUGCCGGAGAUCUACCGCAAUGUGCACAAGGCCGUCUGCGAGGCGGAGACCACCCACAUUGAGCUGGGCCGGCUUCAUCCGUACUUUUACGAGUUUGGUCGCUACCUGACGCCCUACGAUCGUAACCAUGUCAUUGGUCGCAUCAUUUUCGAGACAAUGCGCCAGCGUGUCCGCCACCUGCUUGACAUAUCCAAAAGCGAUGGCCAGAGCGCCAAGUCGGACCUAAAGCUGGACAACAUCGAGGCCAAGCUGCAUGAGGCGGGAGUGCGCACCAACAGCCAGUACAUCGACUGGCUGCAAAUGACCGGCAACAAGAUUCGCACCUCGGAGCUGGUGGAGGAGCAUCAGAAGAAGCGUCGGCGUGCGGAUCGCAGCGAUGACGAGGGCGAGGGCUUGCCCAGCAGCAAACGAGCCACCCUGUGAUGAUCACUAGAAGUGUUUUUUCUUUGUGGAACUCUCUAUAGCAACUUUAUUUCAACCAUUCUGGGCGGCACCACUCAAAAUACACUCAUCCUAUGCAUCCUCCACGGCUACAUACAUAUAUAGUUCAAAAUACAUACAUACAUGCGUCUAAAUACAAUAUUUUGUGUGUGUGUGGUUAAGUUGUAAAUACACAUAACUAAGCAUUGUCGAGUUCCCUUCAACAAACAUUGUGUUGCCCCUUUGUUAUUAUUACAUAUAAAUAGUUAACUACAUAUAUAAUUACACAAUCUUGUAAGCUCAAUUCAAAUUUGAUUUUUGUGCUAGUUUCACAUGACAGUUUCACAAAUAAACCACGUUUAGUUCGUUUUUAAAAGCCA